GCCUUGCCGCGCGGGUGGCGCGGGGCGACGCGGGAGGGUCCGCGAGUCCGUGCGUGGGAGUGCGCGCCGCCCGCCGCCGCAUCGCGGACUGGGAGGGCGCGGGGAUCUCCUCGAGCAGGACGCGAGGAAGGAGGGGAUGUCAAUGAAGUCGAGGAUAGCGGGUGGCUCUUCUCAGGCCUGUUUCCCUACACAGGUGUUGGAAUUGCCACCAUUAUCACUCCAGGAGUGCUGGUGACUUAGCAUGAGUGGCGCAUAUAGAGGGAGGGGUUUUGGACGAGGAAGAUUUCAAAGCUGGAGAAGAGGUGGUGGGAACUCAGGAAGGUGGAGAGAAAGAGAACACGGAGCUGGUGUGAGGAAAGCUACAGGAAAGCAUGCUUCUGAACAAGCUUCGUCACCUUUACUUCAGCAGUCAACGCUGGAUCAGUUUAUACCGUAUAAGGGCUGGAAGCUUUACUUCUCCGAAGUUUACAGUACUAACUCUCCUUUUAUUGAGAAGAUUGAAGCAUUUGAGAAAUUUUUCACAAGGCAUAUUGACUUAUAUGAUAAGGAUGAAAUAGAAAGGAAGGGAAGCAUUUUGGUGGAUUUUAAAGAACUGACAAAAGAUGAUGAAAUGACUAACUUGAUGCCAGAUCUAGAAAAUGCGCUAAGAGAUGCCCCUGAGAAAACCUUGGCGUGUAUGGGUCUGGCAAUACAUCAGGUAUUAACUAAGGACCUUGAAAGGCAUGCAGCAGAAUUACAAGCUCAAGAGGGAUUGUCCAAUGGUGGAGAAACAAUGGUAAAUGUGCCACAUAUCUAUGCAAGAGUGUAUAACUAUGAGCCCCUAACACACCUCAAGAACAUCCGAGCAACUUGCUAUGGAAAAUACAUCUCUAUAAGAGGAACUGUGGUUCGAGUCAGUAACAUAAAGCCUCUUUGUACCAAGAUGGCUUUUCGUUGUGCUGCAUGUGGAGAGAUUCAGGGUUUUCCUCUUCCAGAUGGAAAAUACAAUCUUCCUACAAAGUGUCCUGUGCCGGCAUGUCGAGGGAAGUCAUUUGCUCCUUUGCGGAGCUCCCCUCUCACAGUUACAAUGGACUGGCAGUUGAUCAAAAUCCAGGAGCUGAUGUCCGAUGCACAGAGAGAAGCAGGUCGCAUCCCUCGAACGAUAGAAUGUGAACUUGUUCAUGAUCUUGUAGAUAGUUGUGUCCCAGGAGAUACAGUGACUAUUACCGGAGUUGUCAAAGUCUCAAAUACUGAAGAAGGUUCUCGAAAUAAGAAUGAUAAGUGCAUGUUCCUUUUGUACAUUGAAGCAAAUUCUGUUAGCAACAGCAAAGGACAGAAAGCACAGACUGCAGAGGAUGGGUGUAAGCACGGUGCGUUGAUGGAGUUCUCACUUAAAGACUUGUAUGCCAUCCAAGAGAUCCAGGCUGAAGAGAACUUGCUUAAGCUCAUUGUCAACUCACUUUGUCCUGUCAUUUUUGGUCAUGAACUCGUUAAAGCAGGUCUGACUUUAGCCCUUUUUGGCGGUAGCCAGAAGUAUGCAGAUGACAAAAACAGGAUUCCCAUUCGAGGAGACCCACACAUCCUGAUUGUUGGAGAUCCAGGCUUGGGAAAGAGUCAGAUGCUGCAGGCGGCAUGCAAUGUGGCGCCACGUGGCGUGUAUGUUUGUGGAAAUACCACCACCAGCUCUGGUCUGACUGUGACUCUUUCAAAAGACAGCUCCUCUGGAGAUUUUGCUUUGGAAGCUGGUGCCCUGGUACUUGGUGACCAAGGCAUUUGUGGAAUAGAUGAAUUUGAUAAAAUGGGGAACCAGCAUCAAGCCUUGUUAGAAGCCAUGGAACAGCAGAGUAUUAGCCUUGCUAAGGCGGGUGUGGUUUGCAGCCUCCCUGCAAGAACUUCCAUUAUUGCUGCUGCAAAUCCAGUUGGAGGACACUACAAUAAAGCCAAAACAGUUUCUGAGAAUUUAAAGAUGGGGAGUGCCCUGCUGUCCAGAUUCGAUUUGGUCUUUAUCUUGUUAGAUACGCCAAAUGAACAGCAUGACCACUUGCUCUCUGAACAUGUGAUUGCAAUAAGAGCUGGGAAGCAGAGAGCAGUUAGCAGUGCCACAGUAGCUCGUGCGCUCAGUCAAGAUUCAAAUACUUCUGUACUUGAAGUGGUUUCUGAGAAACCAUUAUCAGAAAGACUAAAGGUGGCUCCUGGAGAAAAGAUAGAUCCGAUUCCACACCAGCUGUUGAGGAAGUAUGUUGGUUAUGCAAGGCAGUAUGUCCACCCAAGGAUAUCCACAGAAGCUGCUCAGGUGCUUCAGGACUUCUACCUGGAGCUCCGCAAACAGAGCCAGCGCACGGGCAGCUCACCCAUCACCACCCGGCAGCUGGAGUCUUUGAUCCGGCUGACAGAGGCACGGGCAAGGUUGGAAUUGAGAGAGGAGGCAACUGAAGAAGAUGCUGAAGACAUCAUUGAAAUUAUGAAACAUAGCAUGCUAGGAACUUACUCAGAUGAAUUUGGGAACCUGGACUUUGAACGAUCCCAGCACGGCUCUGGAAUGAGCAACCGGUCAACAGCAAAAAGAUUCAUAUCUGCUCUCAACAGCAUUGCUGAAAGAACUUACAAUAAUAUAUUUCAAUUUCAUCAACUUCGUCAGAUUGCCAAAGAACUAAACAUUCAGGUUGCUGAUUUUGAAAACUUCAUUGGAUCACUGAAUGACCAGGGUUACCUCUUGAAAAAAGGACCAAAGAUUUACCAGCUUCAAACUACAUAAAAGACUUUACCAAGUCAGUCUCCUGUGGUUUUAAAUAGUUUAAAAUCAUCUUAACUUAAAAUAAAAGUUCUGAAAAUGAUACAACUUCUAUAACAGAAAAAAAUGUACAUAUAAUUUAUCCAGAAGGCUAAAAAUAGUUUCCAUUAUUUUAUCUAAACAGCAUAAACAAUAUUUAUACUUUU